GUAGAAUUCUAAAAUUGCUUCCUUAGUAUAAUUUGAUUUCUCCAAUAACCAAGCCUGGAAAAUUGAACAUACUGCCAAUGUUGUAAGUAAGGGUAUCAUUAAUCUGCUUCUGAAAGCUUGAGGCAUGUAAAUUUCACCCAAUACAGCACCAAAGUAAUAUAUUGCAAUAGCCGAGAUCCCAAAAUUGCUAUGUUUCUCACACCAAGUUUUGUAGCGAAGGUAGAAAUUCGAAACUUUCGAUCACCUUCUACAUCAGGUAGAUCCUUUGUAGUGGCAAUAACCAAAGCAAACAACGUGAUAAAACUUGUAAUGACAGCAACAUGGGAGCUCCAUUUGAAGAAUUCAAUUCAUAGCUUCCAUGAAGCUUCCUCCAUGUGCAAGAAUGACAAGGGGAGCUUCCUCAACCACCAUUGAAGCUUCCUCAUGUUCCAUUGAAGCUUCCUCCUAGCUUCAACACAUCUUCCUCCCACCUUCAUAGUACCUAGUUUUGGUGCUAUAAAUAGAGAGCUUGGAGAGUCUUUCUAUCAUCAAGCAAUUUAGAUCAUAGAUUAGAAUACCACAACCAAGUUUGAGUUGUGAAUAUCCUUGAGAGAUAUGUGAGGUGUUUUGAGAGUUUUUAGUUAGAGCUUGUAUGUCUCUUCUUUCUAUUCUUGAAAGUAAUAGAAGUGUUUUUCUCUCAUAUUAGCACGAUCCUGUUAUUCCCAACAAGUGGUAUCAGAGCCUGGUUGAGCUUUUGAUAUUUUUCCCAGAUUUUUUCAGAUAAAAUUCUACUGUCUGAAAAAUCGAGUUUUUCAGUAUUGCUCAGAAUUGCAAUCUGAAUAUACCGUUGGAUUCGUCUCGUCGAGACGAGAAAACUGGUAUUUUUGGGGAUUUUUUUGGCCACCGGAAGCUGCCGUACGCGCCGCCAAACGCCGGCCAAAAACUGCCUGCGUCAUGCUGACGUCAUCACGCGCAGACAGAGGUUGAAGACAGCUGACGUCAUCGCUGACGUCAUCAGCCAGCCAGAGCUGCGUCAGCGACACCUCAGCGCCACAUGUGCAGUCCCAGCACAGUCAGCCGCCACGUCACCAGUCAACUGCCAACUUUCACCAGCGCCCAGUCAUCUGCCACGUCAUCAACCAGUCACUGCCACGUCACUGCCACGUCAUCUGCCACGUCACCGGUCAGUUUUUAGAUUUUGAAAAAUUGCAGUUUGGUCCCUCAAUUUUUGAAAAAUUAUAAUUUUGGCCUAUAAUUUUUCGAAAAUUGUAUUUUGACCCCGAAAGUGCCUACCCACCAUUUUCGGCCGUUCCGGACGCAACGGUGCUGCCCGUUUUUCGAAAUUCUGCUCCGAUUUUUCUGAAACAGAAAAUCAAAAUUAUUUAGAAGGUGAAAAUGACCUUUGACGAGUCAACUUGAUCUUCCGGAGCUAUGAUUAUGCUCACGGCUACCAACUACACGCUAUGGAAACCUCGGAUGGAAGAUUUCCUUAGCUGUAAAGACCUUUUUGAUCCAAUAGAGAUGAAAGGUAUUAAUCCUGACCCGGCUAAGUCAACGGAAUGGAAGAAAAUUAAUAGAAAAACUAUUGGUCAAAUCCGACAAUGGAUUGACCAUAGUGUCUUCCACCAUGUUGCACAAGAAACCGAUGCUUAUGCCCUUUGGAAAAAGUUAGAAGAUAUGUACCAGGCCAAGACCGCUAGGAACAAGGCCCUACUGAUGAGGCGUCUUGUUAAUAUGAAGCUCAAAAGUGCAACUUCUGUUGCCGAACAUACUAGUCAAUUUCAGAGUCUGGUAAAUCAACUAUCUUGUGUAGAAAUGCCACUUGGAGAUGAAAUGCAAUCUCUACUACUUCUUAGUUCCCUUCCUGAUAGUUGGGAGACACUAGUUGUUACUCUCAGCAACUCAGCCCCAGAUGGCAAACUUACCAUGUCUGUGGUCAAGGAUGCACUGUUCAAUGAAGAGGCAAGAAGGACAGACAUGAGCACAGAUGAGACUCAUGCCCUUGUGACGGAGAAUCGAGGAAGAUCACAAGGAAAGCAACAAAGAAACAGUAGAGGAAAGUGGCAAAGCAGGGGCAAAAGUCGGGGGAGAUCAUCAGAUGGCCGGAAACCUUCUUAUACCUGCCACCAUUGCAGUAUAGAGGGUCACAUGAAGAAGAAUUGCUACAAAUUGCUAGAGGAGCGAGGCAAGAGCAAUUCUCAAGCGAAGAGCAAGGGUGGUGAAGCGCUCAUCACAAUCUCAGGUGAUGUGGCGUAUUGUACUAUCAAUGAUGAAACAUGCCUUCACGUCUCAAGAGAGGACACUGAAUGGGUGGUAGAUACUGCAGCAUCCUACCACGUUACUCCCCACAGGUACUACUUCACAACUUACAAAGCUGGAGACUUUGGAGCAGUGAAGAUGGGCAAUUCCAGUUCAUCUGAAAUAGCUGGAAUUGGUGAUAUACAAAUAAAGACGAGUUCUGGGAGCACAAUCACUUUGAAGGAUGUCAGACAUGUUCCAGACCUUCGUCUCAAUCUCCUGUCAGUGGUAUGUCUUGACGAACAGGGGUAUGAAAAUCACUUUAACAGGGGCACCUGGAAAAUGUCAAAGGGCGUUUUGACAAUCGCUCGAGGACAUGUUUGUGGCACAUUGUACAAAACUCAUUUGAGGAUUUGUACGGAUAGCCUCAAUAUUGCUGAGGAGACUACUCAGAAUCUGUGGCAUCUGAGGCUCGGCCACAUCGGUGAGAAAGGGCUGACUACCUUGAUUAAGAAGAACCUUAUCAACAUCGACAAGAAUGCUGCACUGGGUCCUUGCAGUCAUUGUCUGUUUGGUAAGCAUCAUAGAGUAUCAUUUAGUUCUACUUCAGCUAAAAGAUCAGAGUUGUUAAGUUUGGUACACUCCGACGUCUGUGGUCCUUUCGAGGUGGAAUCAAUCGGUGGAAGCAGAUAUUUUCUGACUUUUAUUGAUGAUGCUUCUCGGAAAGUGUGGGUGUAUUUCCUGAUUACGAAAGAUCAGGUAUUUGAGUGCUUCAAGACAUUUCACGUCUUGGUGGAACGUGAAACGGGAAAGAAGCUGAAAUGUCUCCGAUCUGAUAAUGGAGGCGAGUAUACUUCUAAGGCGUUCGAUGCAUAUUGUAGAGAAUAUGGCAUUCGACAUGAGAAGACAGUACCACGCACCCCUCAGCACAACGGCGUUGCUGAAAGAAUGAACCGGACUAUCAUGGAGCGUGUCCGGAGCAUGCUGAAUAUGGCUAAGCUUCCGAAGUCAUUCUGGGCAGAAGCAGUCAACACCACAUGCUACCUUAUCAACCGAUCACCUUCGGUACCACUGAACUUUGAACUUCCAGAGAGGUUAUGGACAGGUAAGGAUCCUACAUACUCACAUCUUAGAGUAUUUGGUUGCUCAUCGUAUGCACAUGUAUCCAAAGAGCUCAGGCAGAAGCUCGAUGCAAGAACUAUCCCAUGCAUUUUUGUUGGCUAUGGAAAUGAAGAGUUUGGAUACAGGCUAUGGGAUCCUAAGGAGAAAAAGGUGUUCAGAAGUAGGGACGUUGUGUUCCACGAAGAUUUGACAAUAGAAGACAUUGAAAAACCCACAAUGUCUCGGAAGUCAAAUGAGGGUGCUCAAGUUUCAAAUGAAGCACCAGAAGAGGACGAAGUGCAUGAAGAUAACUCAGAAGCAGAAGAACACGAGGAGACAGAAGAGAGUGCAGGGCAAGGGGAGACACAAUCCACCCCGCCAGACACAGAUGAUGGUAGCUCUUCUCAGAUGGUUCCUACUGUUCGUAGAUCUGAACGAGGGCAUAUACCAUCGACAAGGUACACAUCAUCCGAAUAUCUUUUGUUAACUGAAGAUGGAGAACCAGAGAGUUUUCAAGAAGCUGUAUCUCAUAAGGAUAAAGAAAAAUGGCUAAUAGCAAUGCAGGAUGAGUUAGAAUCUCUGCAGAAAAAUCAAACCUAUGAGAUCGUAGAACUUCCUAAAGGGAAGAAGGCACUGAGGAACAAAUGGGUGUUCAAGCUGAAGAAGGAUGCAAACGGACAAGUGGUGAAACACAAAGCUCGGUUGGUUGUCAAAGGGUUCCCGCAGAAGAAAGGAAUUGACUUUGAUGAGAUCUUUGCACCAGUUGUCAAGAUGACCUCAAUCCGAGUUAUACUUGGCUUGGCAGCAAGUAUGAACUUGGAGCUUGAACAAAUGGAUGUGAAGACAGCAUUUCUUCACGGAGAUUUGAAAGAAGAAAUCUACAUGCAGCAGCCGGAAGGUUUUGAGAACUCAAAUGAUAAUUUUGUGUGUAAAUUAUCUAAGAGUUUGUAUGGCUUGAAGCAGGCACCAAGGCAGUGGAAUAAGAAGUUUGACUCAUGCAUGAAGAGUCAAGGCUACAAGAAGACUACUGCAGAUGAGUGUGUAUACAUCAAGAAACUUCCAGACGGUACCUUCAUUGCUCUUCUACUAUAUGUAGACGACAUGUUGAUCGUUGGGAAAGAUGCAGUGAAGAUAAACCAACUAAAGAAAGAACUCUCUAAGUCUUUUGAUAUGAAGGACUUAGGACCGGCUCAACAGAUUCUUGGGAUGCAGAUCACUCGAGACAGGAAGAAUCGCAAGUUAUGGCUAUCUCAGGAGAAGUACAUUGAACGAGUACUUGAGAGAUUCAACAUGAAUGAUGCCAAGCCAGUAAGUGUUCCACUUGCGAAUCACUUCAAGUUGAGCAAAAGAACAUGCCCUACAUCCAAGGAAGAGAUCGGGGAGAUGUCAGCAGUUCCAUAUUCUUCAGCAGUUGGGAGUUUGAUGUACGCCAUGGUAUGCACAAGGCCAGACCUCGCACAGGCAGUGGGUACAGUGAGUCGUUUUCUCUCUAACCCCGGGAAGGAGCAUUGGGAGGCAGUCAAAUGGAUUAUCAGGUACUUGAAAGGUACCACGGAGUUAUGUCUUUGUUACGGAGGAGCUGAUCCAGUCUUGGAAGGCUACACAGAUGCUGAUAUGGCAGGAGAUACUGAUAGUAGAAAGUCUACUUCAGGAUAUAUCUACACUUUUGCAGGGGGAGCCGUUUCUUGGCAAUCAAGAUUGCAGAAGUGUGUCGCUUUAUCUACUACAGAAGCAGAAUACAUUGCUGCCGCUGAAGCAGGUAAGGAAAUGUUGUGGCUAAAGCGCUUUCUCCAAGAACUUGGGAUCCAGCAGAAAGAGUACAAGGUACAUUGUGACAGUCAGAGUGCUUUAGACUUAAGCAAGAACUCCAUGUACCAUUCUCGUACAAAGCAUAUUGAUGUUCGGUAUCACUGGAUACGAGAGACGAUUGAUCAACAACUGUUGAGACUAGUGAAGAUCAAUACAAAGGAGAAUCCAUCAGACAUGCUGACGAAGGUGGUGACACGGGAUAAGCUAGAGCUGUGCAGAGACAUAGUCGGGAUGCUUGUUUUGAAUAUGCCUGGAAGGGGAGAAUUGAAGAAUUCAAUUUCCAGGUCAUAUCCAAGUACAAGCAAAUUGAAGAAUCCAAUUCAUAGCUUCCAUGAAGCUUCCUCCAUGUGCAAGAAUGACAAGGGGAGCUUCCUCAACCAUUCAAAGCUUAGCCCCAAAGCUGCUCAUGUGGCAUAAUAAACACCAUAAUUAAGACGAAAUCCUCUCACCGUUGCAAUUACAAGAAAUGCUAGAAGUGAGAAUCUCUUCAUGCGAAAAGGAGGCACAGAGUAAAUGGUGCCAAGGAAGAGACCAAGAGCAUAAAGAGAACCAAUAAAUGAACCAAAGUUGAUCCCGGCAAUAAAGAGUCCAGCCACAGCAAGCGAUAUUACCAAGAUCCAUGCAGAUUGAACCGUAAGGUCUCCUGCUGCUAUAGGUAAAUAAGGUUUGUUUACCUUGUCAAUUCCAAUGUCGUAUAUCUAAUUGAUGCCCACUAUAUAGCCAUUGCCACAAAUGAGAGCAAAGAGCCCAUAAAACGCCUUGAGUAACAAUGACCACCUAAUUAGAUUUGGGUUUUCGAUUAUAGCUCUUGCUACCAAUGAUACUAUGGUAUCCACACACAAUAGUGGUACUAAAUAAAAAAAUUGGGAUACACUUGGUAAGAACUUUCUCAUUCUCGCGUGCAUGCGACCUCCACUUAUUAUUAUAUUACUUUGUUUCCCUCCACAUUUUUUAGUUUCCCUCCCAUAACUAAUAUCCCUAACUUACUAAAAAUAUGUUUCCCUUAUACCAUACAUAAUUGACCUGUCCAUCUACUCUUUCUCUCUCAAAAAACUCUACCCCUUAAGAAUCUUAUUGCGUCUACUCUUAAUCUCGGAAAAACUACGUCUACUCUUUCUCUCUCGAAGACCAAAUAUGUCUGCAAUUUAAUCACAGCCUCUGUCGUCUUCAAUAAAUCCAAAGGCUUAAUCGGGUCUUCAAGGAAUCUCUGGGGGUGUGUGGCUAGGUCAAACCAAUGAAGUUGAGAAGAGAAGGUAUUUAGCAUCAAUCUUUAUAUUUCUCCCGACAUUUAUGACCUGCCAUGCAAACCAGUAGGUUAAAGAUCGUAAACUGCGCCAUCUUGCUGAUGGUGCGGCAUGGAAUCAUAUCGAUCAAUUGUGGCCAGAGUUUGGUGAUGCGCCCUGGAAUUUGAGAUUGGUCUCUCAAGUGAUGGAGUCAAUCGACACAGUUUGCUCAGUUCUUCAUAUAGUUGUCGACAUGUCCAAUUAGCCAUCUAUAAUCUUUUUUCUUGGUUGAUCAUGAAAAUUAAAUUCAUGAUGUUGUCUGCUUACAUCCCUUGAUUGAGGUUGUAGACGUUUUUAUUGUUUUAGAAAGGAGACAUUGAAAUGGGGGUUAUACUUAUGUGGACUAUUAGUGACUUCUUGGCAUACGGUAACUUAUUUAAUUUGGAUGUAUUGUCAAAGCUAGGUUAUUUUUCAUGUCCCAUUUGUGGUUCAAACACUUCUUCCAUGUGGUUACAUUUUGCACUUUUAUGGUCAAACUUAGUCCUCUUUUAAUAGGUGGGCAUGGGAUAAGCACCAGUUAUGCAUAUACGAGGAAAGAAGCUUGAGUAUGAUGUCCAUGUCCGAAUGUUCUAGCCAAAUAACUUGUGGGUAAACUUCCAAAUAAACCAAUUCACAAGUCACAAUAGUACACAAGGUAGAAUAGCCAAAAAUUAAAUAUCACGUUCAUGCUAUGAUUAGAUGCACACAACCACCACAUAAGGUGGUUUUGUCUCAAUGAUGGUGCAGGUUUCCCGAAAAGGAGAAGCAAACCUGCAACAUGUUUCCAAAUUAAAGUGUGGAGGCAAAAUAACAUUGAAAGAAAAUAUACCCCUGAGGGGCUUCAUCAUGAGAGCAUAUAGAACACAUUGAGGGAAAAUAAGUGCUGAAUCAAACAAUGUUUUCUGGUAAAGGAAAGUUGUGGUUCCAUAAUCUCCAUAAGAAGAUUCAACUUUGAAGUGAUGUUUACAAUAGUUUAAAAAUAAUAAUUUCAUCUUCUAUUCGGUUAAGUUUCAAAUUUUGUUAUAAAGAAAAGACUCUACUUAAAAUUAAAUAGUUCAACGUUAAAAGUUGAACAUAGUUUACAAUUCAAGGAUAUUUAAAAAUUUCUUCAUAUUUUUCUACAACAAAAACAACAACAUCCAAGCUUUAGUCCCAAAACACUUCAUAUUUUUCUUAUAUAUAAAAAAAACCUUCCGCCAAACACUAGUUUUUUUUAUUAAAAUAAUUUUCCUUUUAAAAAGUACCCAAUUUUAUUAUCAAUAAUUUUUCAUAUAGUCUCUAAAAUAAACCACUUAGCAUCUUAAAGUACAAGCAAAUACGAACACUCUUUAAAUAUUGUACGUUCGCUCAAUAUAUAUUUAUUUAAAAUUUGAUAAUUAGGUAUUUACAUAUGAAAUACUCAUCUUAUUAGUAAACUCAUACAUUUUUAUGUUGACGAGCCACUUCAAGUUGACGAGCAUCAUCCAUUUUUAUGUUUUUGGACCAAUUGAUGAUAAAGAUCUUUUAGUGGGGAAAGAGUAGUUUUUCUGACAUUAAUUGAUGAUGCCUCAGGAUUGGUAUGGUUCUAGUCUCUUGGAGUGUGAAGGAUCAAACUUUUGAUCUAUUAUUAAAUAUUCGAUGAUGCUAUAGAUAAUUAAAGAUGAAAAAACAGAUGAAAUGUGUCUAUUCAGAUAAUGGAGGAAGCUAUACGUUGUCGUAGUUCUCUGUGUAUUGUAUGAAAAGAUUGUUUGUGAACCCCAUACUACAACGGUGUAGUAGAGUGGAGAAAUUGAAGCACUUUUAUAAUGUUCAAUUCAGGACCAAUAUGGUCACAUUACCUAAGUCAUUGGAAUGAAGUUGUAUUGGUACCCACUUAUUAAUAAAUAGAUCACCCUCAGCACAAUACUAUACUUAACUUUGAUGUUUUUAGAAAAGAUAUGAUAGAAAAAACAUAUCUAGCUCAUAUUCACAUUAUAGCCUAUUUAGGUGCAAGACAUUUGCACAUGUCAAAUGAGUUGAGGGAGAAACUAACCCUCAAAUUUGCUCCAUAUAUCGCAGUUGGUUAUCGAGAAAGAGUUAUGUGAUAGAAAAAAGAAGAAAAUUAUUUAAACUUUAAAGUCGUAGGAGUUGUGAUUUUGGAUGAAACAUAUCUUAUGAUUUGAAGCCAAAGUUUCACAACCAAAUUCCAAAAAGAAUGUGUUGAGGUAUAUUAUCCCGGACUAAUACUGUUCAAUAGCCCAAUAUAUUACCCCAGUUCAGAGCCCGAAUGGCGAGGGCCAUUCCAAGCCUAUCGGGCCUAUUUCGGCCUUUGGGCACAUUUCGGCCCACUUGGCCCAUUAUGGUAGGUUUUCCCCUACUCCCUUCCCCCUAAAAAUAUGGGGUUUUCCCAUAUGUUUAGGGAUCCCCUUUUAGCUCUCCUUCCUCCUUCUUUUAGACUUAGCUCAAAUACUUCAUUAAUGGGAGCUUGUACAAUGUAAUGGUGAGGAGAGUCCUAAUGAGAAAGAGAGGGCUUGGACAUUAGCCUAAAAAGCCCCGUGGUUUUCUCCCUUUCGGGUUUCCACGUAAAAACCGAGUUUCAUACCCAUUUAUACAUAUAUUUACUAUAUCAUGUUGGAUUAAACUCAACAGAAUGACAAUGUUCUUGGUGAACAUGAAUAUGAGGAAGAAUAAAAUGUUGAUCAAGGAGGUGGUGAGUGGAGGAGCUUCCACCCCUUCAUAUUCAAGACUUAUUAGCAAAAUUGGUUAGUAUCAUCAACAAGAUAUGUUAUUUAAAAUUUAACCUUCCUACAAUCGUGAGAGGUUUUGACAAACUCAAUAUUAUAUUGAGUACUCCAAUUGAUAGAAGGCCAUAGAAGAUAAAUUUAAUUAUUUGCAGAAGAAUCAUAUGUAUUGGUUGUUGAAUUUUAUUUUUAAAAUUGUUUAGAUUAUGUCAACAAAGUAUAAUGAGGUACAACAGCAAACUCAGAUUGAUUCCAGUGUGGAUCUUGAAAUUAAGCAUAUACACUACAAAUAGUUUAUGGGGAUUAGGAUGGAGAAGUAUAAAUAAAAUAUUUCUAUGGUUUUCAAGUUGUGAAUAAAUAACAUCUCAUUUUUAAAUUGCAUAAGAGCUUCUAAUAUCUCAAGGAAGCCUUAGGUAAAUGGCAUGAAAUGUGUGACGCAUUCAUUCUCAUUAAUAUAAAUAGCAUGAAAGUAAAAAUCAGAGCAAAUAAUGUCAACUCAACCUAUCAACUCCUUCCCCCCUCCCCAGCUGCAUCUCGAAGUAUCUAUCAUUUGCUAUCCAUUCAAAUUAUGACUCUACAUAGUUCCAUUUUAUUUCGAGUACCUGCUCUGUUUGACAAACAUAAUAGGUGUCAUUUAAUUUAUCAAUCAUUUACUACGUAUUUCUUAUUAAAAAUCUCAAGAGAUUUUAUAUCAUUUGAAGGUUACCUCAUGACAAGUAGUUGACCUAGUGAGUGUGAGGGCAUGUGCCCCUACUGCAUAUCCACAACAAUAGUGUUAAUACUUAUUAGGUGAAGCAAUUACAUCCCCUAGUCAUCACAAAUAGUUAUUUGGUAAAGGAAAUACCUAGAUGUCAUACAUGAAAGCCUCUUAGAAUUAAUAUUGUUAGAAAAUGCUUUACUUUUAUCUGCAUAUAAACCCAAGUGAAAACAAUUCAAAAUAUGAAAUCCACUAGGGUUUAUGUCAUCCCCAUAUUGCUCUUUAUAAACUAUUUUAUAUGUUUCAUUCACUUCAAAGAUAUCUUACUUAAUAAAUCUUCUUCUUGAUCACUUGAUGUAUAUCA